UUCAUCCACUGAUUGGCUCCGAGUAUUCCCAGAAUCCAUCAAAGAUAUCGGAGACAGCAGCUUCGCUCCCCCAAUCCUCCUUCUCUUGAAGCAAACCGAACCAAGAGAAGAAUGGCUUUCGCCUCGGCAAUCUCUCUACCCUCUUUGAUCGUCCAUGGGAACAAAACCCAUUACAGGAAUCUGCGAAAGAUUCCAGUUUCAUCAGUUGCAGGAAAGCAGAGAUUUGUCGCAGUUGUCACAAAGGCUGUUGGUGAUAGUUCUGAUUCUUCCUCUGGAAGCAUAGUCAAAUAUGUUCAAAGUGCUCAGUGGAACAAUUCUGAAGAUCGAAUAGCUCUUGCCGGUUUAGGAUUUGCAGCCAUAGCGGCAGUUUGGGCAUCAGCUAAUCUUAUCGCGGCAAUUGACAAGCUUCCUAUAAUCCCUAGUACAUUAGAGUUGAUCGGGAUAUUAUUUUCCUGGUGGUUCAUAUAUCGAUACCUCCUAUUUAAACCAGACAGGGAAGAGUUGUCGCAAAAAAUAAGGACUUCAAUCUCAGAUGUAAUUGGUCAGUGACGUCCCCAAGCAUACAAGAAAGUAGUAGUAGUCAGGUAGAAGGGUGUAAAUUUUAAUUCAUUUGCAGUUGGUUUGGAUCAUCUAUAUUGUGCUGGAUCAUGAAUAGCUCCACUGCGAAUCUGUGAGCUGUUGAACUGUACUAUAUUAAACUGGAAGAUGUGCGUUGUUCUUUCUUGUUUUUUUGUGAGAAAA